AUGUCGGAAGACUUGGGAAAGAGCCGUCAUGGCAUCCCUGACGUGGUUAUGGUGCAGAUUGACAAGUAUGUCGACUCACUGGCCCCCGAGAUCCAACCGCGCAUCACCAGAGAAAUCGAUGAGUUUCAGACCAAGACCAUCGAUAGUCUCGAAGACCUGGUCGUUGACGCUUUCCGGUCCCUCUUCAACAAGAAGGACGCGUCGGGCCCCAACUCGAGAUCCCUGGGCGAUGCUCCCCCGGACGCUUACGGCAUUGGAUCCUUGCCGUUUGCAAACGAGAUUGUCUCACUCACACAAUCCUUCUCCAAGGUUGCCGACGGCGCCACGGAUGACAUUCGAGAGAUUUUCAACCUGACCGAGUCCGGCGGCGGUGGGCAGGAUGGCAGCAGAGGAAUGGGCGGCGGCGAUAGGGAUCGUAGCGGGAGUGACAUGUUCAGCCAGGGUGCUAGGGGAUUCCUGAGCGCCGCGGUUGGCGCCAUCAAGGAGCACCACAGCAACUCUCAGGGCGGCGGCGGCGGUGGAGACAGGAUCAGGCUGGACGGCGUCCUUGGUAUCUUGAGUGAUGCCAUCAAGGACACGUCUCGUGACCCGGACGGCAAGGCGCGCAUGAUCAGUCCCGAGAUCAAGGAAAAGCUGGGCGUCGUGCUGAGGGAGCAACACGCACCGCUGGCGGAGCAGUUUACUCGCAUCGCACUGGAAAAGAUCAAGAGGUGGCUGCGUGGUAACACCACUACGCGAGACCUGGGAGAUGGUGUCAAGGGCGAGCUCAAAGACGAGAUCCAGGGGCUGGUCAAGGGAGUUGCGGGUCUUUUCGGCAAGAAAUCGCACUCGGAUGAGAGGUCGCGUGAUGGAUCCGGUGGAAGCGAGGACGGUGGCAGUGGUGGUUUCUCUGGCAUGAUAAGCAACAAGCUCAGCACCGGUCUUGCAAAAGUACACCGAGAGGUCCGAAUCGAGUUCCGCAAGAUCCUGGGUAUCAUUGAGAAAAACCUCUGGGAGGCCCUUCCUGACCAGGUUCAGGGUCCUCUUGAGAAGAUUCUGGGUGGUAACCCUUUCGACUCAAGCCUGGACUCGCAAGCCUCUUCGUCUCGCGGCUUCGGUGAUGAUAUCAAGGCCAAGCUGGUGAAAAAGAUCCGUGACUUGGUGCGCAAGGUUCAGGACAGUCUUCGUCAGAGUGUUCUUGCAGUCGUCAACGGCGGCCACCGCAAGUUCGAGAAGGCAAGUUGGGUCUUUGUUCAAGAGAACGUUGAAGUAAGGGUGCGGAAGUAUCUGCCCGAUGUGCGAAUCAGCGUUCCAGAUGAUAUCGGAAACGAGGGUGUUAGUGUGGGCACACCACAGACUCCGGCGCCCAUGCAGCAAGGCGGAAACAACAACAACAACAACAGUGGCCCGCCACCUUCCCACCAACAACAGUACUCUAGCCCUAGCGGCAACAAUCCUAAUUGGCAGGGCUCACAACAAUAUCAGUCGUCACAGGACGCCUACUACGGCGCUCCGCCACCACAAAACUACUCAGGCGGGCAGUCUUCGCAUCAGCCGCCGUACAACCAAUACCCCCAUCAGGGCCAACAGCACCAUGAUCAGUACCAGUCUCAAAACCCUCGAUACUAG